CGUCAUCACCGCGCGCAGAGCUGAGCUGGCGUUUGAAAGGAGGUUGUUCACAUAGCUGGCCGUUCGCCUGAAAUAUGACCAAGCUUCUGCAGUGGCUGUUCGGAGUGUCUCUGGUGGGCUUGGUCUGGGCGGUGGUCACCUUCGACCUGCUGGAGCUGAGCCUGCCGCGGCCCUACAGAGAGGUGGCCUGGCCCAUGCCUCUCUACCUGCUGGUGUCGUUUGGCUGCUACUCGCUGGCCACGGUGGGAUACAGGGUGGCCACCUUCAACGACUGCGAGGAGGCGGCGAAGGAGCUGCAGGAACAGAUCAAAGAAGCCAAAGAGGACUUGAGAAGAAAGGGCUUGAAGAUGUAGAGCCCCUAAAAGACAAUGCAGAACAAUUCAUAGGAGGAAAGUACUGACCGCUGUCACGUGUUUCCACUUCUGUGAUGUGUGAAACUCCUCAGACGCUCUUCCGCACCAUCAUUUUCCACUGGUUGAUCAGGACAACCUCGUGGAUAAUAACAGUUACUGAAAAUGUGUCUCAUUUGUAACAUGGGCUCAAUUAGCGCCUUGGCUGAUGUGCACGUGAUGUUUUAACAUGAGCAUCUUUGAAUGUAAUGUGCAUCUGUCUGUCAGGAUGGAAAACACACACGCAGCGCAAACAUUCAAACGUUUCCCCAGGUCCUGAUGUAAGUGAAGCUUACCUAAACCCGAAAACCAGUUCUGAUCUGUACAGGAAUAUGGUGUUGGAAGCUGUUUUGCUAGUAAUCAUUUGUUUGCUAAAAAGUGAAGACAUCAAUCCAAAUGAGUACAUUGCAACAACCUGAGAGUUUUUUUUUUUUUUUUUAAUUUUCAGUUGUUUUCAAUCUGCUUCUUUACCGAUUUGUCACUGGUUAGACUGCUUGUCAGUUUAGGUGCGUUAGAUUUUAUCUGUAAAAUAAAGUGUACAUUCCUUUUGUCCAGUGUUGGACCUGCGCCCUGCAGGUGUUGCUGCAAUUGAAUUAAAUGAGAAUCUAUUUUCUUCAGGUUU